GGGAGGGAAAGAGCGAGCCAGCCGCUUUCAAAAAUGGCGUCUUCAGAACAAAAUGACUGAAAAUAUAUUUAAAACUGGGGCCUAACGCUCAAGCCUUGUAGCUGGAUUUUGACCAUUGGUCUUGGAGCCUCACUGCGACGCACAUCGUUGUACACGCUUUUCGGAGGACAGGAAAAGAAAAAGAUCACGAAACUGCUCAAAUAUACCAACCAAGAUAUAUUUUGAUGCGUCGACAGAGCUAGCUGGCUAGCUAGCUACCAACCCAUUUCAGGAGAAGGGAGGGGUGUGCUUGCUGUUGGCUAGGGAGCUAACGUUACCUAGCUAGCUAGUGCGAAGUCUACAAAAGAAAUACUCCGAGAAAGGAAUAUAUAUUUUCUAGAAUCGUACCCGCCGUUUCCGACAGUUGUGAUUCUGAAGAGAAAGGGGAGGAGAGACUGGUGAAAGGACAGGACGUGAAUAAUCAUAUCUGUGCAUCAGCAUUUUAGCUACAAGGGAUAAACUACAGCUAUGGAGCUCAACCGCUGCUUCUCCUGAGGACAAUAGCAAGCUAGAUCUCGAAAGAAAUACGGGAGAGGGGAGGGAAGGAAGAAAAAUAAUUUUUUGGUGGUGGUUGGUGUGACUCCCCUCAUAUUCCCCCUCCUCCCCUCUCUCUGUCCUCCACCCCCUCCUUCUCCUCCCCUCCCCUCCAUUUCUCUCCCUCUCUCUGUGCCGUUUCUCAUUCUUGAAGAUUUGCCUGUGAAACGUGAGAAAUAGCUAAAUAUAACGAUACAGAAAGGAAGAAAAUACAGAGACCGAGAUAGUGUGGUACAAUUCAGAAUAUUUCUCCCUCCCCGCCCCCCACUAUCACUCCAUCUUCAUCCUUCAUUUUUUUAAUGGAUAGAAAUUAUCCUGGUACAGGAUUUGGUGAUUUGGGCGCAGGAACGGGAUGGAGUUACGAGAGGUCGGCAAAGGCAAGUCUGGUAUAUGGGAGUUCCAGAUCAUCCCACCCAGACUCAGAGCUUCUCCAUCGCCAAGCCUAUGCCACGCCCCAUCCUCUGCAGGGCUAUGCAACCAAUCACCACCCUGCCAGCUCAGGGCAGGGUGGAGCCUGGGGUGCUGCUGGCCGGAGUUUAGGUUUGUCUGGGCUGUUUGACACUGGACUGCACCAUGCCAGCCCUUCUGCUCCAGAUGCUUCAGUCAUGAAUCUAAUUUCAGCUCUGGAGUCCAGGGGCCCUCAGCCUCCCCCAUCAGCCUCUUCUCUCCUCUCACAGUUCCGUACCCCUUCCUGGCAGACAGCCAUGCACACCCCAGCUCCAGCUGAGCUCUUUAUUUCUGGUGCCCUCCCUGGGUCAGGCACCUUCCCCUCCUCCUCUGCCCUGUCGGCCUAUCAGCACCCGGCUUCAUUUUCAGGGCGUUCCUUCCCAGGAGUCACUCCUUCUCUGUCCCUUCAGGACACACCUACGUUCAGCCCAACCUCCAAUGGCCUCUUGUCCCCUCACGACCCCUUGCUACACAUAAAAACCCCCUCCCAGUCCAGCUUGGGCUUUGACCGUCUGCUGUCCUCGCAGGGUGCAGCCUACAGGAGCGGACAGGACCCCACGGGCCCACCUCCGCCUCAAGCCCCAACUACAUCAUCUGCCCGCCACCUGCCCCCUCAUCAGUUCAACCUGCUUUCCUCCCAACUCCAAGACCAGUCCUCCCAGUUGUACAAUGCCUCUGUGUUCUCUUCGGCCCCCGCACCCCCCCAGCCACCCCCCCAAGAGAGGGCCAUCCCCAGGCAGGACAGUGUGAUUAAGCACUACCAGCGGCCAUCCCCGUCACAGUCCCAGCUGUCGUCCACAGCAGCUCACUCCCUGCAGCACUACCUCAGCUGCAGCGCUUCCGGGUACCAGCAGAUCGCUCACCACAGGCAUGCUGGGGUCUCCUGCAGCCCCCUGGGGGACCAGAGUCCUUCCUCUGACCCCAAGCCCUCUCCAAGAGCAGAUCAACUGUACCGGCCAAUCAUUCAGCCGGCAUACACCUCCUCCACGUCAUCCUCUUCCUCGGGGGGUGCGGGCAAGGGGGCAAAGAGCAGCUCCAGCAGUGGCUAUUCCUCCUCUGGUUCGGGGUCCUCCUCCCGGACCCCGCACACUCCCCCCUCUGCAUCCUCCACAUCUUCUUCUUCCUCCUCGUCCUCUACUUCGGGCGCUCAUCCCUCCAGCUCCAACCCAACUUCCAGCUCCACCUCCGCUCCCUCCAGGCAGCAACCUCCACCUCAGUCUGCUCCACCUCCGCCACCACCUCCGCCCCCUCCCACAUCCUCUGCGUCUGCCCAGCAAGCCCCUCCCAAGCCCUGCCUCUCGGGCUACGGUUCCCCCGUUGCCCCAGUCAAGCCCUCGCCUGCACUUUCAGGCCAGACUCCCCCCCAGCAACAGCCCCAGUCUUAUUCCCCUAGCCAGCCCCCUCCCUCGCACCUAUCCCAGCCGUACGGGGGCUUCAACUCUCCCCAGGCACAGGAUUUGAGCGCGGGGGGAGGAGCUGGUGCUGGGAAAGGCUACGGGAGUUUGGGGGCAGGUGGGCAGUCGUUCUCGGCGGAGGUAGUUUACGGGGCGGAUUCCGGGUACGGGUCGUUGCCAGCUUCUCUAGGAGGAGCAGGGAGCCCCUCUCUGGGGUAUGGUGGCCCAGGCCACUCCCCUGCACUUUUAGGGUCAGGAGGUGGUGGAGGUUCAGCAGGGGGCAGUACUGGGUCUGGGGGCGGCAGUAGUGGUGGAGGCAGCGCGGGUUCAGGAGGAGGUGGUAGCAGCGUGGGGAGUGGAGGAGGAGGAAGCUCUUACCACCUCCCCGACUCCAGCCCCUCCCCUUCAGGCUCUGGGAUCAUUCGCCCAGGGCUGCACUCUCCUGCCCCUGCCCGGCCUGCCCAGUCCCCUGGUGGAGCAGGGGGCAACAAGUAUCUCUCCUCUGUGCUCUCCCCUGCCUUUCUGUCCUCUCCACAGGGCUACCCUGACACACGAGGACCGCCCCAGUCCUAUCACCCCGCCCCUCCCAAAGCCAAGCCCAGCUCUGACAUGUUGGGAGUGGAGAGGUCCCAAGACGAGGACGAAGACGAUGACGAUGAUUUCCUGAUCCAGCAUCUCCUGCAGGCACAGAGCCCUGCCCCCCACCCUUCCCAGCACCACUCACAGCAGCAGCCCCAGCAGCCACAGCCCCAGCCAGUCUCGCAGACUCAGGAGGGGGGCAAGGGCCUGGCCUACGAAUUGAGCAAGAGCUCCGAGGAGAGGUACCACCUCCAGAGCGUCAUCCGCACAAACAACGCCACCUCCAGCGCUGGUGUCGCGGGCGGAGCAGGGGCUGCUGGAGGAGGGCCGGGAGGCGGUCUGGACAGCCAACUGGAGAUGUCCAUGAAGAAGCAGCAGCAGCAAAAGAACGAGCGAGCCGGAACAGGAGGAGGGGGAGGCGGGAGGGGCAGCGGAGAGCAGACACACUCCCACCCACAUCCUCACGCCCACCCACAUCACCACGACUCCCUCGGAUCUGUGGUGCAUUACAGCCGAGGGGACCCUUUUUCCCAGCACUCUCUCUCUCAGCACCAGUCGCACCCCCACCCCCAUCCCCAUCCCCACUCCCACCCUCACCUAGAACUCCAAAAAAAGCCCCAGGAUCCCACAGACCUGCCCUACCUACGCAAAACACCCGACCUGCAGCAACAGCAGUCUCAGGCCUCCCUCUCCAUACUGGACUCGCCCACAGAUGCACCACGCCAGCCUCCACAGGCCCACCUGCUCCAGUCAGUGCUGUCCCACACCACCCGCAAUAAGAUGGACUCCCAAGCCCAGCAGCAGCACUCCAUGAGCCAGCAGGCGGCCAUGAUGGGAGGAGCUGGGGGAGGGUCGGGUGGGGCAGCAGGUGAGAACCAGCCCCAGUCCUCUCAGCUGCAGCUCCAACUCCAGUCCCAGGCUUUGGAGGCCCACUACGGUCGCGGAGCCCAGCAGGAUCAGGGCCAGUCCAGCCAGAACUCUGUCUCUCCGCUAGAAAUGCUGGAGCACUCCCUCUCCCAGAAUGCACGUGGGGAACGGGCGGGAACUGGGGAGAGAGGUGACAGAGGAGGUGGAGGCGGAGGGAACAAUGACCGCCAUGGCCAGCAACAGCAGCACAGGCUCCCGCCCCAUCACCCACAACAUCACCCACCUCACACCACUUCUGAAUUGCACGAUUUCCUCUCAGAGCCAGCACUGGGCUUAUCGACGCCCUCCCACAUGCACCAUAUUGCCCCGCACCACCCUCACCCCCACUCCCAUCAUCAGCACUCCCAUUCUCACCAUCCACACUCUCACCCACAUUCACAUACUCAUCCCCACCACAUGCCCCCGCCCCCCAGCUCUGGCCCUCCCCCACAGCAGCAGCAGCAGCAGCAGAGGGAGCAGGAACCUCACCCUUCCCAGCUCCCCCAGUCCCAGUUGGAUCAGCUCAAAGACCACCAGUUUGACACAGAGAGCCCUGUGGGCAAAGCUGGCCAGAGCCAGCAGCAGAGAUUUGUGCCCCUGACAUCGAUCUGUUUCCCCGACUCACUUCUGCAAGAUGAAGACCGCUCCUUCUUCCCAGGCAUGGAAGACAUGUUCUGCUCAGAAGAUUAUAAGUCCAGCUGCAGUGGGGGCGGAGGAACAGGACAGACGGGACAGGAAGGGGUUUCGGAAGGACGCAGGGGACAAGAGGCUAUGGAAGGGGUGAAGACGGUAGGGGGAGGAGCUGGAGGCAGUUACGACAUGCUGGGACACCACGGCGACCAAGGGUAUGGGCAGUACUGCCACGCCCUGUCAGAGUCAGGCAACGGCUCCAUGCACCUGGACCUGGAUUCUUUGAAGGCCCAUGAGCUCCCCUCGACUGUCAACACAGAGCAGCUUGGCCUGAUCCAGUCUCAGAGCUCUGGUAUGGGGAUGGGGGGCACCAGUGCCAGUGACGGCUCUGGAAACAAGAUGUUGGGAGGGACAGGGGUUGGAGGAGGCCCCGCCUCGGGUGGCCUUACAUCCCCCAUUUUCUGUUCCUCGCGCCCCAAGAAGCUCCUGAAGACCAGCUCCUUCCACCUUCUGAAACAGAGGCGGGACCCCAACUCGUUGCCCAAAAAAAGCUACGCACAGGAAUACGAGUUUGAAGACGAUGAGGACAAAGCAGAUGUGCCAGCCGACAUCCGGCUGAACAGCAGGAGACUCCCGGACCUGCUCCCAGAUCUGGUGUCCAGCUGCAGGAAGUCUGGUGCGGGUGUGGGCGGUGGCGGGGCUCUGAGCCCCCUAAUGGGAGACCUGGACUUCUGUCACCCAUCUGGGUACCCCUCCCUUGGUCCUUCUCCACAGUUGCUGCCCCAGGAUGGACCCAAGAAGAGGGGCAGAAAACCCACCAAGCCAAAACGAGAGGGACCCCCGAGGCCUAGGGGUAGACCCCGGAUUCGCCCGUUGCCAGAGCCGCACCACUCCCGGGGCAUGAUGGGAGCAUAUGGGGCUGGGAUGGGAGGAGAGAGCCGCAGGGGCAGGGGAAGAGGCAGAGGCCGGGGCAGGAGGGAGGAUAUGAUGAUGGACAUGGCAAAUAAAGCCCAGAACCAGCAUCAUCAACUGCAACAUAUACAACAACAGCAGCAGCAGCAACCACCACUACAGCAGCACCCACAACAACAUCACCAACCGCAGCCACAGCAACAGCUACAGCAGCACCAACAGUUACAUCACCAACCCCAACAGCACCAGGAGCCCAUAAGACCUAUUAAGAUCAAACUGCCCAUCCCCUCUAUGCCCUCUUCUGAUGCCCUCUUGAGGACAGACUCUCUUUCUGGUACCGAUCCGGUUCUGUCCGAUGGAUCUGUCGGGUCAGCACCUUCUCUGGGUCUGAGCCCUGGACCCACAAGUGGAAUGGAGAUGAACCGAAACCAAGAGAAGGUCAAGCAGAAAGGCCAGGAGACGAGCGGUAGGGAGGGAGGAUGUGUGGAGCAGGUUGAUGAGAAAGAGCCAGAGAUGAAAUCUGGGUUCAUGGCCUCAUUCCUGGACUUUCUGAAGUCAGGGAAAAGACCAGCAGGGCAAGGGGUGCCUGCAGGGGCAACAGGGGGGUCAGGAGGUGGCAGUACCUCUCCCAACAAAUCUGGAAUCCGUCCCUUGUCUCCACCACCACCACCACCUCCACCACCUCCUCCUCCUCCACCAUUUGGGGAGGGAGAAGGGGAUGGAGGGUUAGCCCUUGGGAAUUGUCCCAGCCCCUGCAAGAGGCUGGACGAAGAACUGAAGAGGAACCUGGAGACCCUGCCUUCCUUCUCCUCGGAUGAAGAGGACUCAGUCAGCAAGAACCAGGAUCUGCAGAAGAGCAUCUCCUCUGCCAUUUCUGCCCUCUAUGACACGCCCCAACCCCCGCCUCCCCUCCCACCCCCAUCACACCAAGCCAUGCCCACUCAGCAGCCACCGCCUCUCAGCCCACAGCCGCCCCCCCACAUCCAACACCAAUCACCAGAGCCUGCAGAGCUUGAGAGGCAGGAAGAGCAUGAGGAGGAAGAGGAAGAGCGGAGAGAAGAGGAGGAGGAAGAGGAGGAGCAGGAAAAUGAGAACGAGAGGGGAUCAGAAUUGGAGAUGUUGGAUGCCCCAAAUGUUGAUGAAUCCCCGGAGGAGGCUCCUCCAGUGCCGGCACCUCCCUCCCCUCCUUCACCUUCCCCAUCUCCACCUCCCUCCUCCUCUCCAUCCCCUCCGCCUCUACCCCCUCUUUCCCUCCCCUCUCCCCUCCCCCCACAGGAAGAACAGCCCCACCAACAGCAGUCCCCACCCGCCAGCCCUCUUCCCCCUUCAUUUCCAUCACCAUCUCCUCCUCCUACAACUCUCGUUCCAUCCUCUAUCCCUCCUCCAUCUUCCUCCCCUCCUCCUCCCUCUGAAAUACCCCAGCCUUCCCCUCCUUCCCCACCUACCCCGGAGGAUGCGCCAGCGCCCCAGAUAACGGCUCUGCACUUGGCCAAGAAGCAAACAAAUGCAGCCAUUGCUGGGGAGAGUGAAGAGGAGGACAGUGAAAGUGGUGGCGAAGGCAUAUUCCGAGAGAGGGACGAGUUUGUGGUGCGAACAGAAGACAUUGGUACUCUGAAGCUGGCCCUGCAGACAGGCCGGGAGCCCCCCCCAAUCUGGAGGGUGCAGAAAGCCUUGCUGCAGAAAUUCACCCCUGAGAUCAAGGAUGGACAGAGGCAGUUUUGUGCUACAAGUAAUUAUCUGGGGUACUUUGGAGAUGCCAAGACACGGUACCAGCGUCUGUACGUGAAAUUUCUGGAGAAUGUCAAUAAAAAGGAUUAUGUGAGGGUGUGCUCACGAAAACCUUGGCACAGACCAGCACUAACACUGAGGCGGCAAUCCCUUCCCAAAGCAACAGCCCCUCCUCGUAGCCAGACCCCACCCCGUGUAGAGAGGGAGGAGAAAGAGCGAGAGAGACAGAGGGAGCGAGAGCAGCACGAACAGCGAGAACGGGAGAGAGAACAAGAGCAGCGGAACAAAGAGCAGCGAGAGAAAGAGAAGGAGAGGGAAAAGGAAAAAGAGAAGGAAAAGAAACCGCAGCCACCUCAUGAGAAAGUGGAAAAGCGCGGUGUGGAGAAAGGGAAGGGAAGGGAGGAGAGGAGAGGAGGAGGGGAGACGAAGGCAGAACAUGUCCCCAAGGCGAGGCCUGUGAAGGUGAAGGCGGAGCCCCCACCCAAGAAGAGGAAGAAAUGGCUGAAGGAGGUUCCCUCCUCUUCGGAGUCAGAGUCCUCUCCUGACCCCCCCAGCGAGGAUGAGAUGCCGGUCCGUGGAGGAGUGAACAGCCGUGCCAUGAGAGAGAUGUUCCGCAGCUACGUGGAGAUGCUGGUCAGCACAGCACUGGAUCCUGACAUGAUUCAGGCCCUGGAGGACACCCACGAUGAGUUGUACCUCCCUCCGAUGAGGAAGAUUGACAGCAUCAUUAACGAGCAGAAGAGGAGGUUGCUAAGGAGAGUUAGCAUGAGCUCCCAACACCAGGAGGCGCUUCAUGGCUUUCCUCAGAUGAGCGCAGACCCCCUGGAUUCUGGGGCAGUGAAGGUGCGGCUUAGUGGGGAAGGAUACAAUCGCAAAACCCUAAACAGGGUCAAGAAGAGCCUGCCCAAACAGCAGGAUUUGAAACUGUCAACAGAAACAUGUCGUCUCUACAGUCUUUAUCACUCCCUCCAUCAUUAUAAAUAUCACACCUUCCUUCAUUGCAAGAGAGAGACGGACAGUAUUGAGCAGGCAGCUGAGGAUCCCGGACAGGAGGAGGUGGUGCAGCAGUGUAUGGCUAACCAGGGUUGGCUGGAGACACUUUUCAACUCCUUCAUUGAACUGCUCGCCCUCAGUGCAAAAGCCUGAGAGCUGGAGGAGAAAAUGAGAGAGAAAUGAGAGGAAGAAAAUUGACUUGUGGUACAGCGAAUAGGGAGUGAGGUUAGUGUGGAUAGCUCCCAGGGUCCAGGAUGGGCAACUCCAUUCCACUGGUGCCAGUGGGAAUGGGCCAAAAACACUGCUACCUUUCGGUUACCCGCUGAUAAAAAGCUCUGUCAGGCAGGAAAGCUGACUGAAUUCCCCUCCAAGGAUUCUUUGAAAGAUCUGAGGGAAUGGAGAUGCUCAGGCCUGGUCUAGGUCUACGGUUAGAGUGUGUCAUGUGCUCGGGCCUGCCACGAUGAAGGGGAGGGACCUCAGGCACAGUAUUACAAGAUUGAGCCAGAUGUUUGGUCAGGCUACAUGUGGACAGAGAGGGAAGUCAUUGAACGAAUCUGUCUUGGACAGUGAUAGGAGAGUCUGUUACGGUUUGAUUUAAUAUAAUUUAUUUGUAUUUUUUUGUGCAAAAAUAUAACAGUAUCCACUUUUGGAAGAGUAUUAGAGACUGGAAAAUAGAGGAAACGGUGACAGUGCCACUGGAGUGUGAGAGGUGAAGAGAGUGUUAGUGAAAUGCAGACUUGGGCCUGAAGAGUGCUGUUUAUGCUGUUCAGUGCUACAGGCAGUGUCCGUAAGCUGUGUGUUCUACAUAUAUAUAUAUAUAAUAAUUAUUAUUUUUAUUAUUUAUACAAAAACAUUUUUAACAAGUACCCGCGCAAGCUGGGAUAGUUUGUUAUUGCUAUUUUAAAUAACAUUUUGUUAGGGUAAAAUGAAAAUGCCUACCCAUACUCCCUUGUUCUUUCUAUUUCAUCAUGUUAAAGAAAGGAGGAAGGGAUGAGAAGAAAUAGAUUGUCCUUUUUGUCUGUUUAAAAAGAGGGAGAAAUGUAUUUAAAACUAAAGAAAAGUAGUAUUUCUGUUCCUUCAAAACAAUGAAAGGGUAGAGAAAAGAAAAAUCUAAGAUGCAUUCAUUUUCUAAAAGGAAGGAUUAUAGAGAUGUAAUAAUUAAAAAAAGGAAGAUGUGUUAACAGUCCUUUCGUUUUUAUCUGUUUGUUGUUUGUUGUUUAUUGUAAUUAUUAUAAUUAUUUUUGGAGCUAUCUGUUUUAUUUCCUGCAAAAUGUUUUCUGUGUAAAUAUUGUACAGUUCUUGACUCUCAAAUUCUCGAUUCUUCUGUACAUUAACUACCUGUAUUUGACAAAACAAAUAAAACAUGAAAAGAAUGAAAAUUAUGGGAAAACAA